AUGGAUGAUGAAUUCAGACAUAGCGAGUCACAUCUGCUAUCAAAAGAAGAUCAUGAUGAGAGCGCUCAGACAACGCUUCGAAGGCACGAGAAAUCAAGAUUUCCAAUCUUGACAAUAUCGAUCGUCUUCAUCUGGACGAUUGUUGUGUAUUCCGUAGGAUUUGCAUCCGCACAACCAUGGCGUGCGGGUAAAUGGGGCUCUUUUGAGAGAGGAUUUUCGGAAGAGCGAGUUAUUACUCCGUCUCACGUUUUCGAACUUACACAAACGGUCUUUACCGGGGGUGUUGAUUUCACACCAGAUGGCGAAGAGGUUCUAGGCCCAUCUAGAUACGUUGGCGAACCAUCUCCAGAGAUCGAUGCAGCGUGGGAUGCGAUCAUUGGGGGCGAGUCUCACUACUUCUCGGUAUCCGAAGACGAAGCCGUCAAACUUUGGGGCAAAGACUUCGAAAGGUAUAGGGACAGAAUUAGAGGAGGCUGGACAGGAACAUUGGACUUGUUCCAUUGCUUGCAUUGUUUAAACCAAUUAAGAAAGGCUCUAAGGCGAGAUAUUUAUCCCGAAGAGAAAUAUCGUGGUACAGUACACCAAUUACAUUGUAUUGAUCACUUGCGACAAGUGAUACAAUGCCAAGCAACAUCCGUCAUUUCUCCAAGUGAAUGGCAUGACCGGCGUGGGCAGUAUAUCAAUCCAAAGCAGCUACACACGUGCAGAAACUUUGAAAAGCUGCACGAGUUCUCGAAAGCACGAUACAAUGGUACUAUCGCAGUGCCACGAAGCGAACGAAUUCCAUUGCAUCCCCAAGUGUCCUCUCCAUGA